GCCGGCGGGCGGGUGGAGGCGGAGGCGGCGGCGGCGGCUGCAGCGGCUGCAGGAGCGGCGGCGGCUGCGGCGGCGGCAUCUCCUCCUCACAUGACCCCACUGUUUGUCCCCGUGAUCAGCGCGAGCGGCUCCCGUAUCUCCUCCGUCCCCUCCUGCCGCGCGGCGUGAGCGCCGGGCUCCGGGCCCCCCCGGCCGCCCGCCCCCUCCCCUCCCUCCCUCCCCUCCCCUCCCCUCCCCCCCCCCCGCGCCCCCCCCGCCCCCGCCCCCCCCAUGGACAUGCUGGACCCGGGUCUGGAUCCCGCUGCCUCGGCUACCGCUGCUGCCGCCGCCAGCCACGACAAGGGACCCGAGGCGGAGGAGGGUGUCGAGCUGCAGGAAGGCGGGGACGGCCCAGGAGCGGAGGAGCAGACAGCGGUGGCCAUCACCAGCGUCCAGCAGGCGGCGUUCGGCGACCACAACAUCCAGUACCAGUUCCGCACAGAGACAAAUGGAGGACAGGUGACAUACCGCGUAGUCCAGGUGACUGAUGGUCAGCUGGACGGCCAGGGCGACACGACUGGCGCCGUCAGCGUCGUGUCCACCGCUGCCUUCGCGGGGGGGCAGCAGGCUGUGACCCAGGUGGGUGUGGACGGGGCAGCCCAGCGCCCGGGCCCCGCCGCUGCCUCUGUGCCCCCAGGUCCUGCAGCGCCCUUCCCGCUGGCUGUGAUCCAAAAUCCCUUCAGCAAUGGUGGCAGCCCUGCGGCCGAGGCUGUCAGCGGGGAGGCACGAUUUGCCUAUUUCCCAGCGUCCAGUGUGGGAGAUACUACGGCUGUGUCCGUACAGACCACAGACCAGAGCUUGCAGGCUGGAGGCCAGUUCUACGUCAUGAUGACGCCCCAGGAUGUGCUUCAGACAGGAACACAGAGGACGAUCGCCCCCCGGACACACCCCUACUCUCCAAAAAUUGAUGGAACCAGAACACCCCGAGAUGAGAGGAGAAGAGCCCAGCACAAUGAAGUGGAGCGGAGGCGAAGGGACAAGAUCAACAACUGGAUCGUCCAGCUUUCGAAAAUCAUUCCAGACUGUAAUGCAGACAACAGCAAGACGGGAGCGAGUAAAGGAGGGAUCCUGUCCAAGGCCUGCGAUUACAUCCGGGAGUUGCGCCAGACCAACCAGCGCAUGCAAGAGACUUUCAAAGAGGCCGAGCGGCUGCAGAUGGACAACGAGCUCCUGAGGCAGCAGAUCGAGGAGCUGAAGAAUGAGAACGCCCUGCUUCGAGCCCAGCUGCAGCAGCACAACCUGGAGAUGGUGGGCGAGAGCACCCGGCAGUGACGCCCGCCGCCACCGCGCAGCCGCCGCCGCCCACGCCGGCCUCUGCUGCCCCUUUCCCCAGCCCUUAGCACAGAGAGGGACACACGCCCCUCCCCCAGCUGCGUUUUUUUAUAGUAGAUUUUUAACAAAAAACGGGGAGAAAUAAUGGAUUUCUGUGGAUACAGUGCCCACCGCCCUCCUCCACUUGGAAACGGUAUCCUCCCUCCCCAUCCAUCUGUCUGUCGCCCUUCUCCCGGCCCUCACUAAGCCCCGGCACUUCUAGUGGUCUCACCUGGAGGCAAGAGGGAGGGGGACAGAGGCCCUUCCGUGUCCCGCUGCCUCCUGCUCUCUGGAGGUACUGAGACAGGGUGCUGAUGGGAAGGAGGGGAGCCUUUGGGGGGCCACCCGGGGCCUGGACCUAUGCAGGGAGGCCACGUCCCACCCCACCUCUUGUUUCUGGGUCCCUGCUCCCCUUUGGGUGUGUGUGUGUGUGUUUUAAUUUUCUUUAUGGAAAAAUUGACAAAAAAAAUAGAGAGAGAGAGGUAUUUAACUGCAAUAAACUGGCCCCAUGUGGCCCCCGCCUUGUC